AAUGUUUUGCUACAAGUUUCCUUGCGGGGAUUUCCAAACCCUAACAAAAAUGACUGAAACCGGCAUUACUUUCGAUCCACCGGUGUACGAGCAGAGAUACUGCGCCGCCAUCCAGAUCCUGGAGGACUCCCGCUGGUCCAAUCAGAUUAAGAAGGUGGUUGAGUUUGGCUGUGCCGAGAUGCGCUUUUUCCAGCUUAUGCGUCGCAUAGAAAAAAUAGAAAAUAUUUUACUGGUGGAUAUUGACGAGCCCUUGCUCAGGAAAAACUCAACUAGCGUCGAUCCUUUGGUCUCUGAUUAUAUAAGGCGGCGUGAGGGUCCUCUAAGCGUUCAGAUUCUACAGGGAAGUGUGGCAGAUUCUUCGGAAGAAUUGCGAGACACAGAUGCUGUAAUUGCUUUGGAGCUAAUCGAGCACGUAUACGACGAUGUUUUGUCCAAAAUACCUUCCAAUAUUUUUGGUUUUAUGCAGCCCAAAUUGGUGGUUUUUAGCACACCAAACUCUGAUUAUAAUGUAAUAUUCACGCGGUUCAAUCCCCUAUUGCCAAAUGGAUUUCGCCAUGACGAUCACAAGUUUGAAUGGACCCGGGAGGAGUUCAAGUCCUGGUGCUUGGGUAUUGUUGAGAAAUACCCGAACUACAUGUUUUCCUUAAUGGGAGUGGGUAAUCCUCCCAAGGACCUUGAAUCCGUGGGUCACGUUUCACAGAUAGCCAUAUUCGUCCGCAAGGAUUUUCUGGAUAUGCAGUUGGAGAAUCCUUUGGUUGCCACACCUGAACUGGAUGAUGAAUCCACUCCUUACAAGUUGAUUCAUUCCGUCGACUACCCAUUUUAUGUGGAUACCCGCACCGAGAAGGAAAAACUCUGGACCGAAGUACAAAUUGAACUUCAGCGUUUCAAAAGAAUUGCUAAUUUAUCUGAGAACGAGCUGGAUUCUUACCAGGAUACCUUUAAAGUGCCUAUUGCACACUUAUUGGAUCGCCUGCAUCAUGUCGGUGCUACAAAAGAAGUCCUGCUGGAAUUACUGCAGGAGAAUAACUUAAAAAUAGAUGAAGAAUGUGUUAUAAUUGAAGAUUCCGAUAAGGAAUCAGAGGACUCUGAGCCAUAUGAGUUGUCUGAACGUCUUUCCCAAGACGUAGUAUUGACUGACCAGGAACAAGAGGAGUGCUGGGACUUGAACCCGGAAUCGUAACUUAAGAUUUAGGAUCCAGAAUUAUCUUUAAUUGUACUGCAUGUACUAUUUGACAUUAUCAUUCUGUGAAUAUAACUUUCAGGUUUCUGAUAAAAAAUUAAGUCACAGUAAACCAAAAGUUCUGUUUGUAAUUUGUAUUUCUCUAUCUAUAGGCUCAGCUUUUAUUAAGCUAAACUAAGCUUAAUUUAUAAGAAUCGUAGUUGUAUGCCUAUUUCUGAAUGAAUACCUAAUUGGGUAAUAUUCCAAGGAUCUCGCUUAUAUUUAGCAAGA